AUGGCGGACCCUUUUGAGGUCCGCAUGAAGUUCACCUCUCAACUGCAGCACUUGAACGCCUCAGUCGCAUCCGCUCAAAAGGCUGCCCAAUAUGCUUUGCGCCACAAAGAGAUGGAUGAGGACUUGCACUCGUGUAUUUUGGAGCAAGUGGAAAGGAACAACAUGAACACCAGAGCAAACAUUAUGUACUUUAUCGAGCAUUUCCUGGACUCGGCGCAAAAAGACGGACACCGAGACUAUGUGCGCAUGAUGCAAAGGGACAUCAUUAGGGUGGUGGAUGCCGUUGCGCCAGAUGAUGGCUCAGGGGCUGCGAAUGUCAGGGUCGUUCGAAAGGUUCUGCAUGGGCUGCAAAACAAGGGCUAUAUAGAGGCGCAGGCGGUAGACCAGAUACAUGAGGUCCUACGGGAGCGGGAGACGACGUCGGACGACCUGGGCCUCAACUCGCCCCACGGAGAUGUCCAAAUGGCCGACGCUCCUCCGUCGCAAACGAUGCCCAAGGCCGCUCGCCAUGGUAGCGGACCUCAAAAGAUGGACAAGCGCCAAAUAGAGCAGCGCAUAGAAGAGGACCGCGAGAGGCACAAGCGUGAGAGGGAGAAUAUCUGGGCGAUACCGGCCGGACCUGAUGCGGAGAUGAACAAGAUGUGGGAAGAGACGAGCGACUGGGGAGAGGACGAUGAUCGGCUCCUGGCUGAGGAAGCGGAGGAUUUCCGGAAAGAAAUGGAGAUGAGGAAAUGCCCGCAUAGGGACGCGAUCAAUGGGGAGGCGGGCUAG